CACACUGGGCAUGCGUCACUGUAAUAAUGGAGGACAGUCUUUUCUAGCCGGACUGAUGUUGUCCGUAUUGCAACUCUGUUACCUGUAAUCGGAGAGCAAACAACUCCCCUUCAUUUCAGCGUGUGUAAGUUAAAGUUUGUCACUUGUGAAGCGGCUCACUUUGAGGCGAGCAGAAAUAACUGCUAAGUUUGCGCAUGAGAAACUAACGAGUUGAGGUCACAAUAACACUCCCAACAUGACCACAGACACGCCAGCCCAAAGUGUGGGCUGCAGGGUAAUGACAUUCACCCCCUCCAAAGAGGAGUUCAAGGACUUUGGACGUUACAUUGCCUUUAUGGAGUCACAAGGAGCGCACAGAGCUGGGAUGGCAAAAGUUAUUCCUCCUAAAGGCUGGAAACCCAGAAAGACUUAUGAUGAUAUCGAUGACCUGGUGAUUCCCGCUCCCAUCCAGCAGGUGGUUACCGGCCAGUCGGGACUAUUCACUCAGUACAACAUCCAAAAGAAGCCCAUGACUGUCCAUGAUUUCCGCAAGACCUCCAACAUGGACAAAUUCUGCAGCCCACGAUACGUGGAUUUUGACGAGCUGGAGAGGAAGUUUUGGAAGAACCUGACCUUUAACCCUCCACUUUACGGUGCUGAUGUCAGUGGAACGCUAUAUGAUCCAGUAAGUGGUGAUAGGCUGCAUACAUGGAACUUAUAUAUAUCUUUAAAAAAAAUACUCACAGAUUUGGAUUCUGUUUGUGGUAGACAAGUGGGGUUGUUAAAAAAUGUCGUUUACACACUCCUCCUGUGCCAGUGUUGUUACCUGAGUGUUUGUGAUAAAUUGUUGAGCGAUAGAAUCGGCUGGCUCUCAGAGAACCUCUCUUCCGGCGCAUAUCUUCAAGUUCAGCGUCUCUGUUCUGUUCUGCAGCCUCGGUGAGCUCAGAGCAAAUGAAGCAGCUCUACCUGUUGCAGAUUCGGACUAGUCUGGCACUCCAAGAUCAGAAAGAUU